AUGGAAUUUGGUCGAAGAUGGAGGGAGUGGGUAAUGGAGUGUGUCGGUACUUCUUCUAUGUCUGUUUUGAUAAAUGGUUCACCGACGAAGCCAUUUAUGAUGGAAAGGGGUUUGAAGCAAGGUGAUCCACUAUCUCCCUUUUUUGUGCUUGUAGUUGAUGUACUACAUAGAAUGGUCGAAGAGGCAGUUAGAAAUGGCCGUAUAUCUCCUCUGUUGGUUGGGAGAGACAAUAUAGAAUUGUCGCACCUUCAGUUCGCCGACAACACUAUCUUGUUUUGUCUGCUGGAGGAAGAAACUAUCAAGAACUACAAGAGACUCCUACGUUGCUUUGAGUUGAUGUCGAGAUACCUUGGAAUUCCUCUAGGAGCUAAUCCGAGGUUAGUUAAGACUUGGAAGCCAAUCAUAGACAAGGUGAAGGAGAAACUAAGCUUUUGGAAGUCGAAAGUGCUCAAUAAAGCAGGAAAGCUGGUGCUCAUCAAAGCUGUUUUAAACAGCUUGCCAAACUUAAGCUUGUAUAAGAUGCCGAAGGCUGUUGCUGAAAAGUUGAUUUCAUUACAGAGAAAAUUCUUGUGGAGUAGAGAGGAUGGAAGAAAUGGCUUGGCUUUGGUUAGAUGGGAAGUGGUUCAGGCGCCAAAAAGGCUAGGUGGUCUAGGUGUCGGAGAUGCGAUGAUUCGUAACACAGCGCUAUUGUUUAAAUGGUGGUGGAGGUUCUCAAAGGAGGAUUGUCUGAUGUAG